AUGGCUCAAGAAACAACAAUGACAGAGGAACAAAAGCAAUUAAGUGAACACUUAGAGUACCAGGUGUUGAUGAGUGUAGACAGGGAUUCCUGUCCACAGGGCUUUAGUUCAGUUCCUCCACCUCCUCCAUCACCUGUCGCUAACCCCACUCAUCCUUGUUCUAGCUUAGCAGCUUGCAUGCCAUCUCAUAGUGAUUUAUUUACACUGUCUCCACUUCCGGAGGGAGAUGAGGUAUCAGGCAGUGCCUCUCCCCACAGGGGGAUUUGUUCCUCCCCACCUCCCUUGCCUAUUGCACCCCCAGAAUGUGGUGUCCCUAGUCUGACACCAAUUCCUGAGGGUGAAGAAAUGGCAACGCCUUCAACUACCAUCUCAGAAAAGAGCACCCCAACUUCUGAUGUUGUUACCCCUUCUCCCUCCUCCCCUCUUGCCAAAAUCUCUGCUUGUACAUCAGCAAAUUCUGUAUCCCCAGAGAGUGUUCCUUGCACUGAUUCUCCCCGCAUAAUAUCCCCAGAAUUGACAGUUACACCUUCCCAGGACAUUGCUCCCAGUCCUAUAUCAUCAUCUUCUGCCCCCACAGUACAUGUUAACACUGAUGAAGCUGUAGAUCAGGCUGCCUCAACCCUCUCAAGUGUUAGUGAUCCUAUUUACACAAGUUACAGUUCUGUAACUUCCACAACAUAUAGUUUAGUAGAUCCUAAUUUACAGACUGAUGUAAAUAUUCAGCAGCCUUCUCAGUCCUCUCCUUCAGUAGAUGAGAAAGAAGGGGCAGAAGUUUUACAGCAUUCUGAGAAUGUAUCAUGUGAUUCUGUUAUUGCAAAUGAUACUUUUGAAUCUGUGCUUGAAGCUUCUCCUUCAUCUGAACCCUGUUGUUCAUCACCUCAGCCAUCAGCAAAUUCAACUAUUUCUCAUGCACAGCCAGAUGCAGAACCAUCACCAUCAUCACCAAAUUCUUAUUUGAACGCUUCAAGCUUGUUAGAUCCUCCUGAGAAACCCACAGCACCUGACACCCAGCACAUUACUGAGCCUGUGAAUUUAGACUCCCAAACAGUUUCAAGUGCACCUACAGUUUCAGCAUUGCAAAGUGAGAUGAAGUCUGAAAAGAGCUCUAAGGAAAAAACUGUUAGAUUUAAUAUAGAUGAUGAGUGCAAAUUGUGUGAUGAGAGUAUCAGUGAUAGCUCUGAUUCAGAUGCAUCCAUUGACAGUAAAGAAACUGUAGACACUGUAGUCACAGACACACAAAUGAAAUGUGAGGAAGAGCAUGUAGAAAACCAUACAAAUAUCACCUCUUCUACCCUAUCUCCUUCCCAGGCCCAGACUGAGUCAACGUCCUCAGAAUCGGAUAUAGAAAUCAAGGUUGCCACAAAUGUCCCUGUAACCUCUGCUAACAUCCCCACGACCCCUCAAUCCAUUAUGGACACUAAAGAACUGGAGACCAUGGAAACAAGUUCUCAAAGUCCUGAUGAAACUUUUGAAGCCCUUCCCAUUUCCUCUAAAGAUAUUGUUGACAGUGUGGAAACAAAAGCAGAAGUGCUUGAAACCCAUGUCAUUGAGCCAAAUACUACUAUUGCUAAAGUUCUUCCAACUCAAACCCAAAUGGAAGUUGAAGCAGAAAAUAAUGUGCAACCUGAAUCUAGCCAGCAGUACACAGAUCUCUUGGAGUCCCACUACAGUACUCUGGACUACAGUAGCGACUCAGUUGCUUCAACUGGCUCACAUCCUGACCCGUAUAAGGUGAACACCCAGGGACUGAUAGGCACAAGAGGAAACAGUAGAAUACCAAAAAAUAAUUCUUCCUAG